ACCCCCAGUCGCCCCCCUCUUCUCCCUUUUCCGCUGCAAAUUCCUGCUUCUAGUCCAUGUGGACUGUUUACUCAAGUUCAUUGUGAGGCUGGAGGAGGAGCUGGGGCCCUGGACACGGGAUCGGAGGAAGUAGAAAGCUAAUGAGGAGAGAGCUUGGCCCAUGAGACUCUUGAGACCUUGGAGGAAGCCAUGUGGGUCCCUUCUUGACUUCUUCUUUCCCCUCUCUCAGCUCCACUUCUGGGGGCCGCAGUGAUUUCAAGAACAGAGACCAUGAGCACAUCUCUGGGGAUGGUGGUGUUUGAGGAUGUGGCUGUGAGUUUCAGCUGGGACGAGUGGCAGCACCUGGAUGAUGCUCAGAGGACCCUGUACCGGGAUGUGAUGCUGGAGACCUACAGUCACCUGGAGUCACUGGGACAUUCAGUCACCAAACCGGACGUGAUCGUCAAGUUGGAGGAACACGCAGAACCAUGGACAGCAGAACCUUCAAAACGUACCUUCACAGAUAUUUCACCUUUGGAUGAGUUGGUUGAGAGCAACCAGAAAAUUCAGGAUAGGCAUUUUUGGCAAGAUGUCGUCAGCAAGAGGAAAACAGCAACAAAGGAGAGUAUAAACUUAGGAAAUACUUUUAAUUUGAGUUCAGUCCGUGUUUCUGACCCAAUGGUAAAUAAUGGCAACUAUUCUGUCAUGAUGCCCGAGGACUAUAAUGUACUUACGAAUAUGUUUCUGACUGUUGGCCCCAAUGAGAUGCACCCUAUCCAAAAAUUUGAGGACCAUAACACUUUCUAUAACAUACCUGCUAUCACUGAUUAUACAGAAAUACACACAGGUGUUGAGCCUCACGAAUGCCAGAAAACCAGUGAGUUUUUAACCCUUGACAGGCAUCAGGGAACACACAUGAGGGAGAAAGUUAAAUACAUAUGUUCAGAAUGUGGGAAAACUUUAUCCCAGAGACGAGGACUCCUUCAGCACCAAAGAAUUCACACAGGUGAGAAACCCUAUGAGUGUAAAGAAUGUGGGAAAACUUUCUACCGGAAGUCAGACCUCACUGUCCACCAGAGAAUUCACACAGGGGAGAAACCUUAUGAGUGUAAGGAGUGUGGGAAAACUUUCUCUUGGAGGAAGGGACUCAUUUUACAUUACAGAUCUCACACAGGAGAGAAACCCUACGAAUGUAAACAAUGUAGGAAAACUUUCUCUUCAAAUUCAUCCCUCAAUGUUCAUCUGCGAAGUCACACAGGAGAGAAACGCUUUGAAUGUAAAGAAUGUAGAAAAACAUUCUUCUUGAAGUCAUACCUUGCUGUACACCAGAGGAUUCAUACAGGAGAGAAACCCUAUGAAUGUAAAGAAUGUAGGAAAACUUUCACCUGUAAGGCAUACCUCACUGUUCACCAGAGAAUUCACACAGGAGAGAAGCCUUACGAGUGCAAAGUGUGCAGGAAAGCUUUCUCCUGGAGGAAGGGACUUAUUUUACAUCACAGAGCUCACACAGGAGAAAAACCUUAUGAAUGUAAAGAAUGUAGGAAGACUUUCUACCGGAAGUCAGAUCUCACAUUACAUCAAAGAAUUCACACAGGAGAGAAACCCUAUGAAUGUAAAGAAUGUGGUAAAACUUUCUCCCGGAAGUCUUAUCUUAUUUCACAUUACAGAACUCACACAGGAGAGAAACCUUACGAUUGUAAAGAAUGUAGAAAAACUUUUUCAAGGAAGUCACAACUCAUCGUGCACCAGAGAUUUCACACAGGGGAAAAGCCCUAUGAAUGUAAAAUAUGUAGAAAAACUUUCUCCUGCAAGGCAUAUCUUAAGGUGCACCAGCGAACACAUGCAGGAGAGAAAUCAUACGAAUGUUAUAAAGUAGAAGAUCUUUCUCCUGUCAGGCAUACAUCAUUGUACCUCAGCGAAUUCAUAUAGGUGAGAAAUCUUAGGAACAUUACGAAUAGAGGAAAGCUUUCUCAUUAAGUUUUUUUUUUUUUUUUUUACUUUUGUGUUUUCAGCCACACUCAGCAACUCUCAGAGGUUACUCCUGACACUGCACUCAUGAAUUACUCCUGGUGGUGCUCAGGAGAACAUUCGGAGUGUCAGGGAUCAAACCCAGGUCAGCCGUGUGCAGGGAGAACACCUUACCCACUCUGGCUCCUUUCCACAGAAGUUUUCUUAAACUCUUUCCUACAUUCUUGCUUCCAAGCAGAGUUCAGAUAGGAGUGAAACCCUUUGAAUGUACAGAAUGCAAAAGUAAAUUUAAAAAAAAAAUCUUGCCCAGAAGUCAAAACUCAAAAGAUACAGCAACUUAAAAAUCUUUUAGUUGGAAAGUUUUCUUGAUUUAUUGAACAGUCGGACCUGAAAAUAGUACACUACUUUUUGAGUCAGUAUGAGAGAAAAUAUGACUGUCGUCUGAGGAGGAAACAAAGAGAUCAUGGUUUAUGUCCAUCUGUAUAUUUGUGUUUUCCCAAUUUAUGGUUUAUUUUGUCACCAAAUGAUAUUAUUAAAACUGACUCAAAAUGUUUUAAACAUUGAAGGUUAGAUUUUAACCAUUUAUGUUGAGGUACCAGGAUUUACAAUAUUGUUAACCAUGCUUUCCAUGCUUACGUCAUUUCAACACAUCCAUCACCAGAGAACCGGCUUCCCUCCACCGGUACCCCAAGGGCCCCUCCCAGCCACACAUCCCCAUGUAAGCUCAGUUCUGUAGACAAAAUCUUUAGUAUCAAGGAUAAUUUUUGUAAAUAAAAACUAAUUCAAAAGCCUAAGGAUUUGAGCUAUACUUUUUGUCUUUUUAUUUUGUUAGAGGUAACAUGGCUAUGAUAGUGCUAACAAUAAUAUUUGCAGCAUACAAAAUUACUGCAUGAACAUACUUGUUUAUAACACUGUUCUAUUAGUGUAAUACCUUUGUUCUUCCUGUGUUUGUUGGCCAGAAAUUAACUCACAUUGUCAGUAGACGUAACCAACUUUAUUGUGUUAAAAUUCCAUAAUGUAAAUUCUCUGCAUAAGUAAAUAAUUUUGCUAAAAAGAGAAUGCA